AUGCGACGAGUAGUAGUGACAGGCCUCGGUGCCAUUACUCCCCUAGGCGUCGGUAUUCGUCGAACCUGGAGUCGACUCCUCGCCAGUGAGUGUGGCAUUGUCAGCAUCGCGGAUCGCGAACCUGUGGCUCGAUGGAGGGAGCUUCCCAGCAAGGUCGCUGGAAUAAUACCAGAAGGCAGUAAGGACGAAGGGAAAUGGAAAGCUUCUGAUUGGUUGGACAAUGGGGAAGAACGUCGAAUGGCCAGGUUCACACAGUAUGCCAUCGCUGCGACGGAGAUGGCCCUGAAUGACGCUGGGUGGAGACCACAAAAACAGGAGGACAAAGAGAUGACAGGUAUCUGUCUCGGCAGUGGAAUUGGAAAUCUCGAAGAGCUCUAUAAUACAAGUGUAGUCUAUGAUAAGGCAGGAUAUAAGAAAGUUUCGCCACUUUUCGUUCCCCAACUUCUGAUCAAUCUCGGCGCGGGGCAUGUUUCGAUGAAAUAUGGUUUACAAGGGCCCAAUCAUGCUGUCACCACUGCUUGCACAACCGGAGCACAUGCUAUUGGUGAUGCUUCAAGAUUCAUUGCAUUUGGAGAUGCCGAUGUAAUGAUUGCUGGAGGGUCCGAGUCUUGUAUUCAUCCCUUAGCUCUCGCCGGGUUUUCCAGAUCUCGAUCACUGGUGACGGCCUACAACGACAAGCCUUCUUCCUCUUCUCGCCCAUUCGAUCGUGAUAGGGGUGGAUUUGUGAUAGCUGAAGGCGCAGGUGUUGUCAUACUUGAGGAGCUGGAACAUGCCAAAGCUCGUGGAGCUGAGAUCUAUGCUGAGGUACGAGGAUACGGAUGCAGUGGUGAUGCGCAUCAUGUGACUGCACCAAGAGACGAUGGUCAUGGUGCUUUCUUGGCAAUGAAGAGAGCGCUGAAGAAUGCUGGGGUACGACCCAAGGAAGUCGAUUAUAUCAACGCUCAUGCGACGAGCACACCACUUGGCGACGCUGCUGAAAAUUCUGCCAUACAAACUUUAAUGCUUGGUGAAGAGGGUUUUGACACCGCGAGCCAGAUUUCUGUCAGUAGCACGAAGGGUGCUAUUGGGCAUCUUUUAGGAGCGGCUGGUGCAGUCGAAGCUAUCUUCUCCAUUCUGGCAGUCAAAGACAAUACAAUACCACCCACUUUGAACCUUCACAAUCUGGAUGAAAAGUUCAAUUGCAACUACACACCCUUGGUAUCCCGUCAAAAGGAGGUUAAUGUAUCAUUAUCGAAUAGUUUUGGAUUCGGCGGCACCAAUGCCUCGCUGGUGUUCUCGAAAUACAGAUAAUAAUCCAUGCAGAUAUUGCAUAGUUCAUGAGAGGAUCCCUUUGGAAUUUUUGAUACUUUUUCCCUCUCAAUUGUCCGCGUGGAAUGCCACUACGAUUGAUCUUGGCCAUAUCAUCUCCUCGAAAAAUUUCAGGUGUUCAAGGUCUCAGGCUCUUUUCAAAUUCGAGUUUGGCCGCCAUAGAGCCCUUCUUAGGCCGGUCUCAGCUAGGUCCCAGAGGCGCUUGUGAGAUAUGCAGUUGAAAUCAAAAAUGGAAGCAGAAAUAUUCAGGUAAAUU